AUCCUUUCACUCCUAGCCAUAAUCUUACCACCACUGCCUGUUGCGAAGCGGACUGGUAUUGAUCACCACUUUGUCAUCAACAUCGUGCUCACAAUCUGCGGCUGGAUACCCGGUGUUCUCCAUGCCUGGUAUAUCAUCCUACGCUUCCCCGAUGGCAAA